AUGACAGAGAAGCAGGAUAGCAUGUUCUCUUUAUUGAGAGAGGGGCCCUUGAAGGUGUGCAUUUUAGGCAGUGGCAACUGGGGUACAGCGUGUGCGGGAUUGGUAUGUGCGAACGCGAAGGAGUCGUAUCUAUUUUGCGACCAAGUGAAGAUCUGGGUGCGGGAGGAACGGCUAGAUGAUGGGCGGCUAUUGGAUGAGGUGAUGAACGAAAAACGCGAAAACGUCAAGUACCUCCCUGGGUUUCCUUUGGCGGACAACUUGGUGGCAGUGCGCGACAUCACGGAGGCGGUCCGUGACGCAGAUCUGAUUGCGUUUAUUCUGCCGCACCAGUUCAUGGAGGUGACGUGCAAGAGUAUUCAAGCGGCUGUCAAGCCAUCGGCGCGCGCGAUUACGCUGGUCAAGGGCCUGCACAUCUGUGACGGCGUGCCCUACUCCUUCAGUAAGUUAGUGGAGACGUGGCUGGGCAUCGAGUGCAGCGCUCUUUCCGGUGCCAACGUAGCCAAAGACGUGGCCAACAAGCAGUUCUGCGAAAGCACCGUUGGCUACAAGGAAACGGAGAUGGCCUCUAUUUGGCAACAACUCUUCGACCGCCCACACUUCCGCGUCCACGCCGUUCCGGACGUGGAAGGAGUCCAGGUCUGUGGCGCCGUCAAAAACCUCAUUGCCCUCGCCGCCGGCUUCUGUGAUGGUCUAGGCAUGGGCAGCAACACCAAGGCCGCUAUCAUCCGUCUCGGCGUCUCCGAAAUGAAACUCUUUGCUAACAUCUUCUUUGACGGCGUCCUGGAAGAAACCUUCUUCGACUCCUGUGGUUUCGCAGAUGUUAUCACAACCUGCUAUGGCGGCCGUAACGUCAAAUGUGCCGCAGAGUUCAUCCGCCGCGAACAAAAGUCGAGUUGGGAAGACAUCGAAACCGACCUCCUCGGUGGUCAAAAAAUGCAAGGCCAACUCACAUGUAAAGAAGUCCAUGAGGUCCUCGUCAAAUUCAAGAUACUGCAAUUCUUCCCUCUCUUUGAAGUCACCCACCGUGUCGCAUUCGAACACGCACCACCCGACGAACUCCUCACCGUCUUCAUGACAGCCAAGCCCUCCGAACCCAAGAUCGACAAGGAAUGCACUCACAGCGUUCUGUAUGGUCCACUCACCCGUGUCCAACGCGACAUCAAGAAACAUGUGCAGCUGUGCAUCCAGCCGUGCCCGCCUGCCAAGAAGACUUGA